CAAGUUGGCGCACACGUCAGAGUGAAACCUGUACUGGUGAGUGGACGUGUACUGUCGGCGUCAGGCGGUUCCCGGAUGUGCAGAACACAAACAUGGACCGGGUGGUGGUGGAAGUCCCGAUCAGCAACGUGCCCCGAAAGCGUCAGGUGCGUUUCUCAGCGAGACAUGACAUCAUCCUUUUGAGAGAGGUUAUCACCCAGAACCCCUUAGGAUCCAAAGAGCCAGGGCGGAUGUGGGCCCGUAUUGGGGAGAACAUCACUGCAGCCCUCCAGGAGGAGAAUUUUGAGGUAGAUGCCAGGAGAUGUAGGGAGAGGACCAUGUUGCUGCUAGACUACUACAAGAAACAAGAUUUUCCCAGGCUGCGCAGGUUUGGAACAGAGAAGCUAUAUGCUCAAAAGGAAGAUUUGCUUCACGAGGUGUUGGAACUUGAGGCUGAGAAAGGGCUGCUGGUCAGUGGUGAAGGUUCCAAGUACCAGGAUGAAGAGCGAAGGAAUCAUCUCAUCGAGGAACUAACUUCUACAGAACCAGACAAACCUGACGUCACACGGAUGCCCCCUGCAGUUACAGAAGCAGAGGAAGAGCGUGAGCACAUGGCAGAGCUUUCAGUGGCCCCCACAGCCAAGCGGGCCUGCCAGUGUUGCUGCCAGACCUACUCGGAGAUUCUGAGCUUUCUGGAGAAACGCUCAGAGGCGGAGCAGCGGCUCCAGGAGGAGGAGCUUUCUCUGCGUCGAGAGGAGCUAGAGAUUCAGAGGAGUAAGAUCGCUCUGGAGAGAGAACGUCUAGAAGCGGAGAGAAAAGAUAGGGAACGGAGGUUUGAGCUGGAGAGCCAGGAGAGGCAAGUCAUUUUGGACCUGCUGAAAGAUAAGGUGCUGAAAGGCUGAAAAUGAGAAACCACCACCUGCAGUGUGAGUGGGUGGGGAGAAAUAUGGAGGGCGGUGCAAGCUGGAUUGAAGAGGAAGGAAGACCUCAAAACUAGAAGUGAGAAGAUCAAAGAGAGGAACAGUGAGCUGAGAUCAAGGGCAGGAAUGUUCUGUUGCCUUGGCCUCUCUAAACAUAACUAGUUAGCUUGUUGCUACAGGAAUUGCUCAUGUUAUAAAAUGAUAAAAUCAUGAGUUUCUGGAACUGGAUGCUUUCCAGUCACAGCCUUUCUGAAUUGUGAGAGAAUUUAGUAGGUGAUGUAAAGCUGACCCAACAGUGCAGAGAUAUUACAGACAGAAAUUUGUAAAAGGUCUCUGUACAAACUCUUUUAUUUAUUAAAACAUUACACAUAACUUUUAUUAAGUUAUGGAACGAGUGGGUCAGGUAUAUUAAACCUUUACAACCAGAUUUUGUUGAGGCCACUUAAGUAUAGAAAAGGAUGUAACAAAAUUUAAUCCCAUCCUAUGUUUUAUGUUUGUGGUAAAUACAUGUACCGGUAUGUACUUUGAUGUUUUGUUUAUUAGAUUGUGGGUUUUUUUGGCUUUUUUCUUUUCUCUUUUUUCAGGGCUUUUUGUGCACACACUUUAUCCCUUCCUAUUCAUCCUGUGUUUUGUUCUUACUUUGUUUAUGGAAGGGGAUGGAGGGAAAAGAAAGUGGGUAUGAUGUUGACAUGCUUUUACCGCUGUAUUUAUUGAUGUAUUCCACUUUUAAAAUAAAAAAUUAGAAAACAAACAACAACAAAAAAAUUGCACAUAGGUUGCUGGAUUUGUGGACAAGAACUGGGGCUGUGUUAUCAUAAGAGGGAGCUGUUGAGUUGAGGUGAAAGUAUAUUAAAUGUCUAUUUUUUUAUUUCCUGUGGCAGACAUAUAUAUUUUAAUCUGAAGACUUCAUAUUUGUGCUACCUGUUGCUGUUCACACUCCUUUGAAUAACAUAUUGCCAAUGGUUGCCAAUGCGUUUGUUAUAAGGAAAGUGUUACCAUCAACUUGAAGAUAAAUUUUUCACCUAUUUGUCUUAUUUCUCUGAAAAUGGUUGGAGAUGCUGGUUCUCUAGUUAAUUAGAGACAAUAACUCCUCCUAUGUUCCAUCGUAGUUCCACCAUAAUUGUCAAUUAGGAACAACAAAUCCACUGUGGAUGCUAUGUCCUUUUCUCUCUAUCUUCAUACAAAUUAAAAAUAUUUCUAAACUGA